AUGAGCUCCGACGGUCAACUCUACCGGCGAAUGCAGGUGAAGGUGUUGUAUUCCUUUGAUAACAGUCCGACGGUGUUUCUCUCUAGGUCCAAGAACCAGUAUCCCGUCAAGGUGGCUCAAAUCCCCAUCGGCUUCACCAGCGACGACAAAGAGGAGUUUCUUACGCUCGGCGCUUUUGACUUGAAGGACUGUGUUCAGCAAAUCGUCAAGAGCUCUCCAGAAAACUUCAGACUACAAACAAAAGACUAUGCGGUAUACUAUAAGGAUGUUACCGAACAGCCCGACGAGCCGUUUGUUGCAAAUGGCGUGAUGUCCUCGUUGCUCACCAAUCAGAAACAGCACUUGAUUCCGGGCCGUGUUUGCCAGAACCUCUCGGCGUCGUUUUUGUUUGGCGACAAGGCCAAUUCCUCGUCCUUGACACUAGAAGUACGUUUGAAGCUUCAUGUUAUCGACAAAGUCGACGAUGUGGACCCACCUAAAUCCGCUGAGUCGGAAAUGGCCAAGCAAUCCCAGCCACAGGCGCCAAUCGCUCAACAGAUGAUGUCUCGAAGAAACAAGGCUUCAAACUAUUCACAAUCGUCUGCUGCCAUGAAAGCAACACGAACGAAGUCGCUUCCCAUCUUCAUUCAUCCGCCAAACCAACAGAUCUCCAAUAUUAUCAACGCAGAUAAGUUGAAUGCCGUGCCCAAGUACGACAGUAAAAGCAUUCUGGAACGCUUCAACCUGGCUCCCUUUUUGCUGGCCAAAAUCAUAGAUAAACCAGCCAGGAAGAGAAGACGUUCUAAUGCCCCUUUGACACCCUCGGUUCAAACUCCAGUGGACACAGCCCAGCCUCAACGGGCCAUGCGUACUAGAUCCAUGGUCACCAGCUUCCAGCCAAUGGUCUCGUCGCCUAUUAACGAAGAUGCAUUGUCCGAGGGCAGUGAUGAUACUGAAUAUAAUGAACACCCUCGUAUAAUCGACGAGGAGGAUGAAGAGGAGUUUGAUGUGGCUGGUGACGGUUCAUCUUCACCCUACAUGGAGCAGCAUUCAUACAAGCAGGUACAUUCGACUAGCAUGGAUAAGAGAGAUACAACGUCCACUUCCAUAAUCUCAACUAGUGAUAACCAUUUUCAGUCCCUUCCAGAUCUUGAGGAUCUAGAUAGCAAAAAAACUCACACGAUCCCUAGCACGAAACUUCCUGACAAUCACGACCUUGCAUGUAUCAACAAGAACUGUGCUACGAAUGAUUCUGUUACAUGGAGAUACUUUGAAACGAAGUUUCAUCCGAGCUACCUCAAUAUCCAGAGGGCCAAAACUUUUGACAAGAGGCUCUAUGACGGCAUGUUUGGACCUUUGUGCAAUGCGUGCUAUCUCUUCUUAAGGAAUAAGGGCUUCAUGAGACCAGAGGCGGUCGUCAAAAAAUAUCUACAACAACAAAAGUACAAGAAGGAUCUCAAACUGAAGGAAGAUACUCUGCUUUCAUUGCCUACCAUGCACUCGUCAUCACCACCACUUUCAGGAAUCAACUUAGCUCACAAGUUCGCAACUCCAACUCAUGCACCUUCGACUAUCAAUGAGGUGAUUCGCAACCAAAAUGGGAGUGCAAAAGCUACUCCGAACUUUAUUUCUGGUUCUGGAAUGGGUCAAACUCCAACAGGAACGGAUGAUUAUCAAGACCUCAAUGAUUUCAUGAAUCAGUUGAAUUCAUUUGGCGGCCCAUUGACAGAUAUCGAUAUUCCAAAUGAGAUUCAGCCCAUGAGACAGGAGUCCACUCCUCCUAUGAUGGCAACCAAGUCUAACACUCGUGUAAUUAACUUAUGCGAUGACGAGGAAGACAAGGAGAACUUUCCUCCCUCGGAAAAAGCAAGACUCACGGAUUUCGAGCAAAUGAUGAUAAAGUCUUUCAGUCUGCGUUCGAGCCCCGAUCAUAACGAAUGGGCACAGUUCUUUGAUGACCAAACUCCAAAGGAUCAAGGAGAGACUCCAUCUGCGGCCAACAGAAAUUUAUCAACGGGCGAAGACGGUCUUCCUCCUCUCAGAACUUUUAAAUCUUCGCCAAACAGAUUAGUUAACCAGAAGGCUACUGUGGUCAACAUGCCAUCGUCGCCACUUCUCACUCAUUUCGAUACCGAGAAACAUUCAUUGGCUCUUCCUGAUGAGUGUUCUUCUCCUAGUGAGAAGGCUACAAGAACCGACACGACCAUGUCGUUCGUUAAUCGGAAGUCGAGCCCAAGAAGCGAAAUUUACGCCGACGAUCAGAAAGUUUGA